UAAAUUAAAAAAAAAAAAAAAGAAAAGAAAAAAAAAGAAUCAGUCAGGACCAAGGUAGUGUUUUGCAUUUUUGCUUGAAAUAUGAUACAUUUUCUGUCGAUUUACUAGUUAAUCGACUAGUUCUUUCAUCUAAAUGAUUCCCAUAAAUAUUCCCAUAACACUAUAUAAAAAUAUGGGGAACUAAUAUAAAAUAUGUUAUGGAGAAAUAACUGAAUUCCUUCUUUAAGAGACUUUUAAAGUGUGGAGGAGUUUGACUUGCAAGCUGUGCUCUGCUGAUCCACUGUGAAAUGGAUUGAGCCAUUAGGUACAGUGUGUUUCUGACUGUCACUUGUUGGGCUGAACGCCUCACUGAGGGCUGACAGACUCGUAGGCUACACGUGAUGGUCGGUGCGCGUCACCGAAGCGCUGUCGCUCGCCUGGAGACUGAAGCAGGGCUGACUGACACUGUAUAGCAGGCUACUGUAAAUAAAGAAUAAAAACCUAACCAACUAGCAGGAAACAAAUAAGCAAGCCGGGCAGCAUCGGGUUAACUGAUAGUAGUUUCUGUCAUUCAUUCGCCGAGUUGUCUGUAAGGGUGUUUUUUCACUCCUCUUUUUUUUCAGAUUUGAGCGUGCCAAGUAAAGGGGAAAGCAAAACAUGGCUGGUUUAAUGGCAGGUUUUGGUCAUUACACCCACGCCGUCGUCCGGGGAAUCCCCGCGUCCCUGGCCACAGAAGCGCUCCGGAUCAGCCCGUCGGAGGUGGACCUGGCCAAGGCGCGGAGGGAGCACGAGGAGUACGUCGAGGUCCUGGAGACGAGGCUCGGGCUGGAGGUGGUCGAGCUCCCCGCGGACGAGUCGCUCCCGGACUGCGUGUUCGUGGAGGACGCGGCCGUGGUGUGCGGUGACACGGCGCUCAUCACCAGACCCGGGGCAGAGAGCAGGAGGGCAGAGACGGAGGCAAUGAAAAAAGCUCUGAAGGACUUGAAUCUGAACAUUGUGGAAAUGACUGACGAGAACGCCACACUGGACGGCGGAGAUGUGCUUUUUACAGGGCGAGAGUUCUUCGUGGGCCUUUCCAAACGAACCAAUCAGAGAGGAGCAGAGAUCCUAGCAGAUGCCUUUAAGGACUAUGCUGUUUCCACCGUGCCUGUGCUGGAAGGGCUGCACCUGAAGAGCUUCUGCAGUAUGGGAGGACCGGGCCUUAUUGUCAUCGGCGCCAGUGAACCAGCACAGAAAGCCCUCAAAAUUAUGCAGCAAAUGAGCGACCAUCGCUAUGACAAACUGACGGUGCCUGAUGACUUGGCUGCUAACUGCAUCUACAUGAACCUACCUAAUAAGGGACAUGUGCUCUUGCACACCUCAGCAGAGCAGUUUCCGGAGAGUGCUAAGGUGUUCGAGAAGUUGAAGGACCACAUGCUGAUUCCCUUGUCCAGCUUGGAGAAGAGCAAAGUGGACGGAGCCCUCACAUGCUGCUCUGUACUCCUCAACAAGAACGCCAACAUCUGAGCGCGCUCACCAGGGGGUCUCUCAGUACAUGGCAACCAAGCAGAGCCUGUAUCCAAUCACAAAUGCUCUCGAGGUUAAUAAACAUCUCGGUACUUAGAGGAAGGAUUGGAUGGAGUCAUCAGAUCUCCCUUUUCCCCCAAAACACUCAAUUUACGUGAAGCAGUCUUAAAAGUGUGAAUAGAUCAGUUGACAUAAAACAUAAUUAGUUUUAGGUAAUCAUUAGUCGUGUUUUUUUAGCCAACAUUUUAAAUCUUGCGAACAAAAGAAAUGCAAAUUAGGCGCAUUUCCAUAGUGAUCCUCAUGCACGUUUGGAGUGAAUAAAUAAGGCUCCACAAAGCAUAGUUUUGUCUGAAGUUCGGGCUGUGCUGCUGGUGGAUCACAGCCCUGCCGACUGUGAUCCACCAGCACACAUAGUAGAAGAAGUAGAGUAAAAGCAAGUUGCCUUGGCUAUCUAACAAUCCAUAAGGGAAAAAUGAAGGGAAAUUUUCAGGAAUUUGUUUCAGUUUUCCAAGUUUUAAUUGCACCUUUAUGUCAGCUAGUACGGCGAUGUUUCAUGCUGUCUGGCAACAAAGAAAAAUUAGUGCAGUGAUUUUAAUGCACAAAUGAAGAUAAUGUCAGUGGACCAAAUGUUCGCUACAUCAGACUUUAUUCAGCAAAUGUGUUUCCGUAUCCCAUUCACUGAAUCAGCCCUCUUUCAACAAAAGCAAAAACCAUCUCAAGUGAGUGUAAAAACUUUUUUUGCAUGACAGAGGAAGUUCUAUCAAAUUUUGCUGUUUCCAUUCAGCUUUUCUACUACGAUGCUUCAAAAUGCACAAAAAAUGUUUAUGGAAACAUGGCUGUCGUCUGUAUAAGAAUUAAUAUAUUGAUUAAAAUUUGUUUUAUUUUGCUCUUUAUUUGGAUGCACUGAUAUUUUCUAUAUAAAACUAAAAAAUACAAGGUAAAAGAAGAGGCUUACAUGUUAGAUAAUGGGUCAUUAUUCUCCCCAUAUAAUGCCACACAUGUUUUUGACAGUAUUUGCUCGUCCACAAACUAUUAGAAUUUAAUUUAAUCAAUUUGAUCCCAGAUCAGAAGCGGAGGUAGAACAUGUGCCAUGUUGAACCCACCCUUCAAACCUGCAGAGCCCCUAAUGCUCGUGUCUAAACCAAUCCUUGCUUACACUAAUCAAUGUUUACAACCCUUUAAGACUACCACAGAGAACAGAGCUCUGGAGCAACAAAACCAGAUGGAUCAUAGUUUUUGUUGUUAUUGAAAUGUAGUCUUACCAACAUUAGACCGCGGGUUUAUAAAUUACAUAACUAACAGACAUCCAGAGAGGAAAAUGUAUACAGUUAGUUUCGACUGUUUACAUGCACCAUUUUAACUGUGAUUUAAUUUUGUGUGUGGUCAGUUAGAUAAUGCAAUAGGGUUUGUAAUUCAUUUUUCAAGAACUGUAUUUUGGUGCAAGAUGAGGGGAAAAAAUCCUGCUGCUGCUGUAAUACCACAACCACAAACAUGUUAAUUUGCUGUUUCUUUACAGUUGGUGCUGAAUACAUUUCAUGACCAUACGAUAUUUCCAAAACAGCUUUCCAUAUUUCUUACAAAUGCAUGGUCAUACAUCUGACUACGAGGUUGUUUCUCACUCUGAAAAUACAGUUCUUGAAAAGCCUUUGGAAGAUGUGAGAUUUUGGUAUGAUCGCACUGUUAAUGAUGAUUUUGUGAGUAAUAUUAGACGUACUGCCAUUGAUACCUGAGGUGCUCUUACUUUUCAUGACUGUUGUGUAUUAAAGCUAUGGUCUACGUUUAGAAAGAUUGAUCAUUAUUAUUAACAUCAUUUAGAUGGUGGUUAUGGCCCAAUAGUGCUAGCUACACAAUGUGAAGAGGAAAAAGGAACCAAAAAAAAUCCAUUCUCUCUGGCGGCUACAGGCCUGCAAAGAAAUUGACCAAUCACAGUCAUCCGGCCCGCAUGGGAGUUACUCCUUGCUCACAUUUGCACUCUCUCCCUCUCUUACCCUCCGUCCAAUCCCCUCGCUCCAUUUUGACACUCCUCUGCUCCUCGUCCCGCAUCAUCCCAACCCCCCUCCGCAUUUGAAAGUACGAGCGCUUUGUAAGGCCCUGAGCCAUUCAGCUACACAAGUUUCAAUAUGGAAAAUAAAGAGAGCAAUAGCAGCAAACGGCCUCUGCUUGCCCCACCAGCAAAGGCCGAAAGGAAGAGUAAGUCUGCCUCUGAAAAGGCAGAAGCGAAGAGGAAAUGCGACAAAUUGAGGGCUCAAAGCAGAGUAAACAUCGGGUCAUCCUUUGACCGAUGGAGAAAGCUCCGGCAAGAUCUGGGCCUGAAAAGUGAUGCUGAUACAGCAGAGUUUUUGUUGAACAGGUAAUAUUUCGUUUUUAUUGUGAAUGUUGUGACAUAGAUAACUGUAUGCCAAUGCUGGCUUAUGACUGUGAAAGCUGCCGUUAGUUUUUUGUCUGGUUAGACGACGUCGAAACAUUUUCUUUCUAUGCGGGAGGGGGGGUGUCGU